AUGGCGGGACAAUUUGGCGGCUAUGACGAUGUUGAAGAUGUUUUGGCUCCAAAAGAGCCGCAAGUUACUUCCCUCGAUCCAGUGGAGCGGAAGGCAGCUCGAGCUUUACGAAUUAAAAAAAGACAGGAAGCUUUAAAAAGGGCUGAACAAACUUCUGAGGAAACAUUUAAGGAAGAGGAACCGGGGUUGAUAGAACAGGCAACAUCUUUGGCUGCAGAAGAAUUACAACGGUUAGCUCUAGAUGGCGCUGCCAAGGUCACUAAUGUCAAAGUUACUACCGACGAGCGUGAAGUUAUACGAAGAGGGCUUUUUUCUGAAAAGAUGCUUGGAUCCUUCGCAAAAAUUGAAGCAGAGGCAAACGAAGCGCAGAUACAAUAUGAGGCAAUAACAUCGACCUGGGACGCCAUGCUACAGAUUAAAGACCCGUUAGAUAUAGACGCAGCGAUAAAGGAACAAAAAGAAAAAUGCGAUAAACUUCUGGACCAGAAGAACGAACUUAUAGCGGAUUUAAAAAACGAACUAAAGCGAAUGGACGAAAGUUAUUAUGAGGAUUUGCAGAAACAAGAUAACGAUAUCAAAGAACUAUCGGAUAGGGUCGAGAAACAACUCACAAUAAUGCAAAGAGCGUACGAAAAGCAAUUAGCGUGUAUUGAACAAGCAAUCAACAUAGAACGAGAUGCCAUGUUGGAUCAUAAUAAUAAGAGAUGGGAAGCUCUUUAUCGACAGAGAGAUAGAGAAGAAACUGCGCAUUUGGAAUAUAAGUUUGAACAGUUGGAAGAGUAUAAGUUAGAAGUGGAAGAUAUUAUGUGGGAUCAUCACGCGAAAUACCGAGAAGCCAAGAUUGAGCUUGAAUCGCUGAUACAAGAACUGCAGAAGGAAUUGGAGAAAUUAAAGGCCACUUGUCUUAUCAACACUGAAAAGAUCGGUUACACUUAUCAAGUUUUAAAAAAACGCGAAGAAGAAAACGUUUUUGUCAGGUCGCAACAGAAGCGUAAAUUAAACAAAAUGUCUGACGUGGCUAACUCGCUUCGCGCCAAAAUCCGAAAGGCCGCGGAAGAUGGCGCCAUUGAAGAGAUACGAGCGGAUGCGGAAGUUCUCAAAUUGAUGCAGGCGAUGGACGAUCUAGAGAAGAAAUCCCGCCACUUCGCCCAUGUUAACAACUACAAGUUCAGUCAAGUGUGGCGUAUGUCUUCCGCGCAAUGCGGAACGAUAUCGCGCGAACUUCGUGCCGCAGAAGUGGCUUUGCACGCUCAUAUAUUAGCGGAGCCUCCUCCGCCCCCGCCGCCUCCUCCGCCCAAGAGCCCGCUAAAAGACGCAGAGGCGAGUGAAGUAUCAAAGCCAGAGGAAUCUAAAGAAAUUAUGGAUCCAAAGAAUGUUGGCGCCAAAGAGGCGAAAGAUAGACUGGUUCGUCACAUUUUGCAACUGGUGUCAGACAACACGGGAUUUUUGGUAGAAGACAGACUAUUGAAGCUUAUCGAAAAGUAUCAGUUGACUUCAAGAAAUCUAUGCACUUUGGAUUCUAUAUUUAUGGCUCUCGAAAUUCAAGCACAAGAAGACAUUGAACUUUUAUGCAAAGUUUUCAUGAAGUACGCCUUUUGUCCUAUUUGCAUUGGAUUCGAAGCCACGUCCGAUUAUGUCAUGGAACCGAUGUCAAUGGAGGCACCAGAAGACGCAUCACAUCACGCAAGUUUAAGUAUUAAAUCUGUUCGAGGUGACAGAGCGUCGAUUCGACAGCGCUCAAGCGCAGGAAGGAGCAUUUCAGCCAGUACAUCUCGAUCUAUCGGAUUUAGGACCCACGAGUUAACGGCAGACGAUCAACUCCUUAUGGCUGAAGCUGAUCAAAUAAUACAGAAGUGUGGGGAUCCGAAAGCUCAUAUACCCUUGAUGCAAGUAUCGUCAGAGGCAGGUGGGUCAUCGCGUCGUGCAGGGACACGCGGCGUCACAGUCGCCUCACAGCCGACGCUCGUAGCGCCCGCUAAACAGAACAACCCGUUUCUAUGUCCAGUCGGCCACCCCUUGGAGAUAGAACCAAUGCAAGUUCUGACAGGCCUAAACGAAUACAUGCACAUAUUUGUGCCUCCCGAAAAGAAGAAACUAUACGAUAUAUUAGACAAUUUGAAACCCCCGGAUUUUACGACUCCAUCAAGAAAACUAAAACCAGAGGACAUAGUCCAGUAUUGGACUCAGUGGAAGGAUAUUGUUUCGUCAGAGAAGGAACGGUUCUGGGACGGAAUUCUUACAGGACUCAAUAAUUAUCUCAAUGUUUUACAAGAACGCGAUCGUAUUCACGAAGAGGUUGUACAUUUACGUCGUCGGAACGCAGCGUUACGACGGCUUGCGCGGGGAGCUUUACCGGAACUUCCGGGCGCGAAGCCACGAUAUUUACAGGCUGCUUUACCAAGCUUCACCGCUGCCGCUGAAGACAUCACACAAAUAUCUACUCUACCACCUAUUUGA